AUGGACAUCUUAAUUCGUGACAGUUUAUUCGGUCGGUUGUUGAACUAUGUAUUGGAUGGCCGAAUAUUACGAAGUCAUGAUCUUGACAUUCCAAAGCACGAGGGUCUCGCGAGCUCAAGCUCUUCGGUUACAUCUCCCGACGCUGCGCAUAGGAUAAUGGUUGAAUUCACUGGGCCGGAUGAUCCAGACAUGCCCAAAAACUGGCCCACAUUAGCUAAGACAAUAGUAAUGUUGGAUGUUAUGCUGUUGAACUUCAGCUUCUAUGCGGCAUCUGCAGUUUUCACCCCAAGCAUUCCAGACAUUGAAGAGGUUUUUGGCGCUACGACUACUGAGGGUACACUGGGGCUUUCGCUUUUCGUCAUUGCGUACGGAAUUGGACCCCUUAUACUUUCGCCACUGUCUAAUCUGCCCUCUAUCGGACGUACACCUGUAUACGUCCUUGGCUCACUUGCUUUCUGUUUGUUCAACAUCGGGACUGCACUGGCUAAGAACGUGCACACCAUUCUAGUCCUUCGCUUUUUUGGCGGUUUAAUUGGGAGUGCCCCAAUCAGUGUGGGUGGUGCCACGCUGAUGGAGGUAUAUGGGCCAACUGAAGUUCCGUAUGCGAUUGCACUGUACGCUGUCAGUGGGGUCUGCGGACCCAUACUGGGGCCGAUUCUCGGAACACUGGUAAUAGAGCGUUGGAAGACGUGGACGGCAACGCUAUGGCUCCUUUCUGGUGUAACAGCCUUCACGACUGUAUUUAUUUUCUUCUUAUUGCCUGAGACACUAUAUUCGAAUAUCCUUCUUCGUCGAGCACAGCGACUCCGUAGUCAGACGGGAGAUUCCGCAUACCGAAGUCAAGCGGAAAUAGACACGCCUAAGACCAACUUUGCCGUUCAAAUACUUAAGCAAACUGCGGAUGACUUCAAGCUAUCUUGCAUGGACCCGGUCAUCUUCUUUGUCAAUAUGCAUACUAUGCUAAUAUAUGGAAUUCUUUAUCUGUGGUUUGAAUUCUUCCCGUUCGUCUUCGACGGCAUUUACAACUUCACUACGAUCCAGCAAGGCCUCGCCUUCUUUGGUAUCCUUGCCGGUGCGGUCGUAUCGGUCAUCGUGUACGUACUAUGGCUGUACUUCUCCUACCAACCACGAGUCGCAAAGCCAGAGGUUAUUGUCGAGCCUGAAGCGCGUCUUGCCCCUGGACAAAUAGGCGCAAUCUGCAUCCCUGUCUGUCUCUUUAUAUUCGCGUGGACUUCUCGUGAAAGCAUACACUGGAUCGUCCCCAUUAUAGGUACAGCCUUCUUCGCACCGGGCUUCUACCUGACCUUUCAAUCUAUUCUUAACUACCUAGGAGAAUCAUAUCCAAGACAUGUCGCAAGCGUCUUUGCCGGCAACACAUUCUUUCGGAGUUCAUUCGGAGGCGCGCUCCCUCUAGCAGCCCCGCGGAUGUUACAGUCACUAGGGAUUGGAUGGGCGUCGAGCACACUAGGAUUCAUAUCCAUUGCCAUGCUUCCUUUACCAUUCAUCCUAGAGCGGUACGGUAAAAGGCUGCGCUCUUGGAGCAAGUACGCAAACUAG